AUGACCCCCAAGCUGACUGUGGCCCUCUUGGCAGCCUUGGUGCUUUCUGCAGCUCUGUGUGAAGCUGCAGUUCUGUCAAGAAUUGAUACAGAAGUCCGAUACCAAUGCAUAAAGAUGCACUUUACACCUUUCCACCCCAAAUACAUCAAAGAACUGAGAGUGAUUGAGAGUGGACCACAGGGUGCAAAUUUGGAAAUCAUUGUAAAGCUUGUCGAUGGACGAGAGCUCUGCCUAGACCCCAAGGAAAAGUGGGUGCAGAAGGUUAUGCAGAUAUUUUUGAAGAGGACUGACAAGCAAGAUUCAUAA